AUGUUCCUGGUACCUGCCAUCUGUGCAAGGAAGGUUCACGGGAAGGGAGAUAAGGAAGGGGAAAGGAAGAAAGAGAUCUACUCCAAGAAACUAGGAAGAGAUGUAUCUGAGGUUGAAGCAUGGGUGCAUACUCAUAGAGGUUCAAAUCGUGAAGAUCAUACUUCCCUAAACACAGAAGAAGCCACUGCAUGCUUUUUAAGGGAGAGGUAUAAAGAGAAGGCCCUAGAGUUAAAUGGACCAGAGUUUGACUGGCUUCACUCUCCGGUGGAUGUCAAGGCUCUUUAUCAAUGUUCUUGUGGUCGGCCACAUAGCAAAUGGACAAUAUUCAAUGGGAUCGUUAAUGACGGGGAGGCCCUCCCUGAAUUGAAGAAGAGUCGUGCUUCUGUUGCGAAGUGUCAACGUCAAUUAGAAGAGGAACGUGCUCGGAAGGAAGCUUAUGAGAGCCGUCUGGCUAAGGAAUAUGCACAGCGCAUGUUUGAUUGGGGUAAAAUUGUUCUGAACCAUAAUGAUAGUAUGCAAAAGUUUAUGGAGGCUGCUGCUACGCUUAGCUCUGCCAUUCGAGAGGAAACUCCAGAUGAAACACUGAGUAGGAUCGCCACUGGAGUAUUUCGAAGCCAUGUGAACACAACUACAAGUGGCGGUGGCAACUAUUCUCCUCUACAAGGAGAUGAUUUUCCUAUGUUUUGAAGACACUGUUGUCAAGAUAUGGCUUCGAGGGGCCAUUGCUUGUUGCACAUUUUGCUUAGGAAACUAUUUCAUGUCAUUUGGCCAUGUUAGAAACUUUUGGAACAGCAUGCCUAUGAUUUAGCAUAAAGGGGUGAGGUUCUGUUGGAAAUUUAGAGUGGCUAUAACUCUAAAUCUGGAUCUAGAGUUGGUUGUAACUCUAAAUGAAUAUUUCUAAGUGAAUAUUUAGAGUUGGCUGUAACUCUAAAUGAAUGUUUCUAGUUAUUUCUAGGUUAAUGGAUGACUAUUGGAGGGAACCUAUGCUUGUUUACAA